AUGUCAACACUGCAGAUUUUGGCGGGCGAACGGUCUUUUGGGAGAUCUUUUACACUACCACCCAGUCCAGCCCUAGGAGACCCCAACGACGCAGUCGACUUCGCCUCGCCGGCGCCCGAGAUCACCAUCCCGCCUCCUGCCCCGGCCCCGGCCCCGGAGGGCGGCGUACUUCUCAUUGACAUAGACAUAGACACGGACGGAGAUGUGGGUGUGGAUUUCGACAUGGCAGAAAGCGCGACGGGCAUGACCGUGAUGUUCUUGACCUCCUGCGCAGUCGUCAUAUUCGCAACGGGGACAGAGAAGCGAAAUUUGGCGGUGGCGAGGACGAGGCUUUUCGUCACCCUGUGUGUGUUGGUGGUCUCUGUUUCUCCUCCCGCACCUGCUGCUGCUGCUGCUGCUGCUGCUGCUGCUGCUCCAGCGGCUGCCGUGGCUGUGGCUUCUGCAUAUGCGUACACGGUCGCGGUGGCCUGGGCGGAUAAUGCUGCGGACGAUGACCACGAGGAGACGGCGGACUCGAGGGCGGAGAUGGACUGCGUGCACGGAACCGUGAGGGUCGUCAUGAUUUCCUCUGCGCCGCCUCCUCCUUGGCUCCCGCCUACGGCAGGAGACAACGGCGAGCAUGCGGGAACGACGGUCGUGGUCAUCGGCACCGUCGCCAACGGCAUCUCGGAACACCCGCAAUGCAAGACCGAGAUGGUGGUCGUGAGACAGGUUUCUGUCCGUGGGGGGCGGGAGAUUGGGUGCAUGGGGCAGAUGGUUGUGUAUGUUGUGGAGAUUACUGUUGGCGAGAGGGUUAGAGUCUGCGAUGAGGAAGAGGACGAGGUAGUUGAAAUGGCAAUCCCUGAAUUAGAGAGCGAGAAAGGUGAACUUGUCGUUUUCGUGAUUGUUGGGGCCGGUGAUGCCGUCCCUGAAAUGCUCACGCCGACACUCACACUCGCACUCGUGCUUCCGCCGCUUGAUGCUGUCAUGGACGAUAUCGCUGUUGUUGUUGUUGUUGUCGUCAUCACUGAAGAGGCGGAAAAAGAAACACUCGCAUCACCACCCGUGUUAUUAUACAUCGUCAACAGGAUGGUCUCCCCAUUCGCAUCCGCGAGUUGUCUCCCGCCGAGUCGAGACGGGGGAGGUAGGUGGACAAGGCCACCGCAUUUUUGCGCUGGAUUGCCGGGGCACGUGGUGUUGCAUGCGGAAUCCGGGUACUGGAUAAAGUCCUCCGAGGACGAGUUGUCGAGAGGUAGGGAGUAG